CAUUCGAUACUGGGGUCUUCAGUUUACACCACCGCCACCAGCAAGCAUCACUAGCGCAAGCAUCUUGACGAUUUUUUUGAGCGUUUAUUGGUUUUAUAAAUACAUUCUUAUAAUCCUCCUCUUCUUGUUGGAGUUCAGAACUGUGAUAUCUCAGAUAGUUAUUUGUAGAGAACUCAAGCUAGCAAUUAUAAACUACCAGCAUCUCGACUAAUGGCUUCAAAGAGAAUAAUCAAGGAGCUCAAAGAUUUGCAGAGAGAUCCACCUACUUCAUGCAGUGCAGGUCCAGUUGCAGAUGACAUGUUUCACUGGCAAGCAACCAUCAUCGGCCCUAAUGACAGCCCUUACUCCGGUGGCGUUUUCCUUGUAACCAUCUACUUCCCUCCCGAUUACCCUUUCAAGCCUCCUAAGGCUGCCUUCAGGACAAAGGUGUUUCAUCCAAACAUCAACAGCAACGGAAACAUAUGCUUGGACAUACUAAAGGAGCAGUGGAGUCCGGCUCUCACUAUUUCGAAGGUUCUUCUCUCCAUAUGCUCACUUCUGACGGAUCCGAACCCUGAUGACCCGCUUGUUCCUGAAAUUGCACACAUGUGCAAGACCGACAAACUGCGAUACGAUUCCACUGCAAGAAACUGGACUCAAAAAUAUGCGAUGAUGGGUUGAAAGUCGAUAAGCAUGUCAUGUUUAUUGAACUCCUUUCAGCAGCAGCAGCCAACAAAGAAAUAAUGACUUUAUCCAGUCUAGCUUUAAAGCUUUUUAAAUUUGUUCUUAAAUUUUAUUUACCUAAUUGAAAGCAUCCUUCUAAUCAAUAUACCCAUCUCCUAGUGAGAUAGUUUUCACUGGGAAAACCAAAUGAUUUUCUGCUUUUGUUUCUGUUGUUCAUGCAAAAAGUGUACCAUCAUGUUAACUUGGUCCUGCGACGAAGCAACAUGAUUUAAACUCAUUAUAGUUACUAUUGCUUUCAAUAAUACGAAAACAACAAUGAAUUGAUUUC